AUGGUAAACGUCGAUUUAUUGAAGAAACAUGCUGGCCAGUAUAAAAUGACACGUGACACGGCUGGCGAAUAUCAUAAACAGCUUUUCACCCUUCAUCCCGAACUUGCAAAAUACUACGACGCCGAAGACAUCGAUCCAGAUAGCGUCCUAAAGGCUCAGAAAUUCGUGAUGCUCGGUCAGCAAGAGCUGCAGUGUUUCUUCCGACUCCCCACAGUCGUAAACGAUGAGCGUAGUUGGCGCAGUGCGUUAAGCGAUUUCAAGGAGACAUUCAGCGAAAACAACAAUAUGUCGAUGAAGGAAUUCAACAAAGUGUACGAUGCGUUUUUUGCCGCCAUGCAAAAACAUGCCGGUGGAGUGACAGCUGAGCAAAAGAAGGAAUGGAUGGUGUUGUUCAACAAGGCCUAUGCAGACAUGAAGAAGUGGGGUUGGUACUGA